AUGGGACGAAGGCAAUACACAGGAAGUACAUUUAGACUGGCAAAUCCCAUUAUACCAGGAACGUUGUGCUCAACAGCUUUUGGGAUUAACUGGAAUCAGCAACGAACUGCACGAGAAACACAAUUCUUGAAUCAAUACGAACCCAAUAUUCAGUGGCAAGACGGUACGACAGUAGUAAAUUGUAGUCGUAGUGUCAGACCGUCAAAUUUCAUGGUGGAUUGUAAUGAAGCUAUGAGUUCAAUUUUUCCUGCUGCUAAUCGACGUUUUACUACUUUGCAAAGACAACAUAAAUCCCUUGACGGAAUGCCAUUGGAUGAGUAUGAAACUAGUACUGUUCAGCCAUUGUUUCCUUUGGACAUUUCAUCAGCAAAUACAGGCAUAGCAUCGUCGCAGUAUGUUGGGUCAUCGUUAUCUAAUCCAACCUCAACAAACGCAUAUUUCUGGAAGCAACCAGCGAAUAUUCGGUCAUAUAAUUAUGACAUAUAUGAACCUUCUGAUAUGCAAUCUGUUCGUGCUUAUAAUCUCUUGAAGAAGGACUAUGAAAUGGCCAUGCAGAAGCUGAAUUCAACUAUGAAUUCUAUCAAAACAUUCUGGAGUCCUGAGCUAAAACGAGAAAGACAAUUACGGAAGGAAGAAACAGCAAAGCUUGCAGCUUUACAAAAGCAGAUUGGACCUUCAAAUGGAUCUGGAUUCCGAGUGGGUGAAUUAGAAUCAGAACUUGAAAUCUGUAGGUGUGAACUAGUUGAAAAAGAUGAAGUAAUCAGGCGAUUAAUGGAACGCACGUCUAUAACUGCAUACCGUGAUGGAAGUAGUCGCUUGGCUGACUUAGAAACGAGAUGCAAUCAGUUAGAAUCACUACUUGGAAUUAGAGAAGAGCAGAUCAGAUCAAUGGAACGGCAUUUUUCGCAACUUCCACUAUCAUCUCAAGCUGCUAAGGAUCAACGAAUAGCAGAUUUGGAAGAUGAAAUAGUGAUAUUACGAUCCGAAAGAGCAGAGCUUCCUCGUGAUUUUACUGAUAAGACAGUCACACCUCAUGAAAUCAACACACUUCGCAUGAAAAUGGAGCGCAGUGAGUUGGAACUAGCGCAAAAAACGGCUGAACUUUCUGCUGCUCAAACACGUCUACAAGCUGCAACUGAAGCUGUUGAAGACCUUCGGAAGCGUAUGGAAGUUUUCCGUGAAUCAUCGACAGCAAAAGAAAAACAUGCAGCUUUGCUGCAGUCUGACAUUGAAGCACUGCGUGCCAAACUAGAAAAUAAAAAUACUCAGUUAGAGCAAAAAGAAAAGGCUUGUGAACGACUUGGGACGGAAUUAUCAGUUGAGAAAAGUCGUAUUGCAGAUCUUCGUGAUAGCAGCAGAAAUUAUGAGCAAAAAAUCAGUCAGUUGUUGACGCGAAUUGAUGUUGGAGAAGGUCUGUUGCGUGAAAAAGAAAGUGAACUUGAAAAACUAAGGCAAAAACUACUGGCGCAUCCAGACGUACAGAAGGAAGAGGAAUUGAAACUUCAAAUAGAUGAAUCGAAUAGGGAAAAAAUAAGAAUGCAGUCAUUAAUUGAUGAGCUACGUCAGAGUGCGGAAAAGGAAAAAGUACAACAACUGGAAGCAUUUCAAGCACAAAACCGACAGUUGAUUGCUACUAUUGAAAGCUUGCAGAAAGAAUUAGCUGAUAGGCAAAUACUACUUGAAUCCCAAAAUGAAAAAAUAGGCGAUUUGGAUCGGGAAUUAGUAACUGCAGAGAAGCAAUGUAAAGACCGGGCACCGCAACAUUCAAAUGAUGAGGAGCUCGAUGAAGCUAGGAAAGAAAUUGAGUCUCUUCUCCGCAUGGUACAGACACUUGAGAAGGAGAAAGCUUCAGUAAUUUCACAGUGCAAGCAGCUGCAAAGCAAAUUAGAAGACGCUCAUAAAAAUGUUGUUCCCGCAGUAAAUCUUACUCGGCCUGAAUUUGCUGCCCUUUCAUCUGAAAGAUCUCUAAAAUCCAGAGUAGAAGAACUAGAGGAGGCUUUGCGGGAAUCAGUAAGUAUAACAGCUGAAAGGGAGCUUCAUGUGGCACAACAAAAGCAACUCUGUCACAAGCUUGCCACUCAGUUGACUGAGUCACGUCAUGAAGUAAAUGAACUCCGUCGACGUGUGAAAAAGUUGACAAAUAGUGAGCACGAAGAAGUAUUGCGUUCAUUGGAAGUUGAGAAGCGAAAACAUAUUGAUCAAUUGUUACAAUUAAAACAUGAAGCAUUGGUAGCAGCUAUUGCUGAAAAAGAUGCCCAUAUUGCAUUACUGGAGCAGUCCAGAGACAAGCCUCGAGAAGAAAUAGAAACAUUGCGUCACCAUAAAGAAAAAUUGAUGGAAAAAUUGAAGGAAGAAAAUGAACGUCGUGCUCAGCUUCUCACCUCAACAAAUUUAGUCCUAGCAAAUGAUCUUAUGCAAGGAGGUGCUCAUGACGUGACUUCUGCCCCAGCUCUUGCUACUCCACGACCAGCUAUAACUGAUCAGGAAGACGAUGCAGAGGGUAUUUGGGCAUGA